UGUGGAAUUGUGGAAAUCGAUUAUGUUCUCGAUCAAAUUGUGUGGAGAUACAGUUAUAACCCGGCCUAUAACCAGGCCCGUACACCAAGCUGGACUCUUCACUUUGGGAGCGCUUCAUAGUGAAAGGUCUGGGUUCUCCUCUGCUUCGCCCGCUCCGCUCUCAGCUGCUUCGUCCGAUCCGCUGCUUCUCCAUUUCGACUGCAGGUUUUUCGGUAACCUAAUAUACUGCGUCCAUUAACGAUUGUAAAGUCGAUUUUUUUAAUUGGUGCUUCAAAAAUCUUAUUUUUAGACUUUUAGUAUAAGGGAACUUGCGAAACUAGCUUUUGUAGCUCCAAUUUAAAAUUUGUGCCCAAAUCUGAUGCUUUUACUGUACUAGCCAUUUUCACAAAUCAGAGGCAUCUAUAUCACGCGUUCCUUGUGUUCCGUUCCCCAGAAAUUAAAAGAUUUAUCGCUUUAGGGUUUAGAGACGUUUGAUACUUGUAUGUUUUAAGAAAGAUUGGCUUGGUUUGAUUUUCCUUUGGUUCUAAUGUCAACUUUAAAUUAUUACAUACUGUCUUCAAGAUAACCAACCCAUUUUAGGAUUCAAUGUUUUGCUUCUGACUAUAUUCAGUAAUUGUGUAUUAACUUUCAUAUGCUAGACUUGCGUGCCGAAGUUGUGGAAGGGAUGGAUAGAAUCAGUCAACUUCCGGCGGGUAUUCUUGACCAUAUUAUGGGACUCUUGCCUAUCCAAGAAGCUGCUAAAACUGCAGUUUUAUCUACCGUUUGGAGAGAUAUUUGGUACAGUCUGUCACAACUGUGCUUUGAUCAUCACUUCUUUUGUUACUUGGACAGAAAAUAUCGUGGAGCGAAUAAAAGUGUCAGGAGAUCUUGCGGUUUUCACGUGAUAAACAUCAUUCUGUUGCAGCAUAGUGGAUCUAUCCGGAAACUGGUCAUUUGCUUUUCAAAUGCUGCAAGACUUGGUGGUAAGUCACCUUCGUAUGACAUGGACCAAUGGUUUCUUAUAGUUACACAAAAAGGCGUUGAAGAAAUGCACCUUCGUCUUGCACAUUACGCAUACCAGCUGCCAGAUUGCAUUUUUAGAUGUUCAACACUCAAGAGAUUGCAUCUUGAUGGUUUCUGUAUUGAACCAUUUACUUUCCCUUGCAAGUUACCAAAUGUCACUUCACUUUGUUUUGAACACGUUGACUUUGCUCCUACAAGUCCUUCAAACUGUGCUCUUGAGGUCCCUGUGCUGGAGAAUUUGUCAUUUAACCAUUGUGUGAACAUGUCUCAAUUCAACUUUCUGGCUACAAAUCUUUGUAGUUUGAAAAUUGUAACUAGUUCUUUCUAUGCAUUGAGAACUUUUCUCCCGGUUAACUUGAACUUGAGCUGUAUCCGUAAUCUCAAUUUGACUGAUUCAUCUCUUCAGUACUUUGUUGAAGAAUUAGACAGAGGACUGAAAAGAGGCCCUCCAUUACAACUGAAUGUAGAAUACCUGAAGCUAUCAGAUCAUUAUAGCCAAAUUGCUGAUAGGACUUCUGCAUUUGUUCGUUUGCUACGGCUGUGCCCGAAGUUAUGCAAACUUGAUAUAAGUUUCUGGGUAAUUCUCAUUUUUGCUUGAAUAAAAGAUAUUCAGUGGAAGUCUACUUGUUUUACAUGUGGUUUUGACAUUUUGCUUUCUAAACUAAAUGCUGAAUUGUUUUGAUGUUAUUGUUGGUAUGAAUCUGAAGUUUGAAGAGGUUUGUAAUACUAAACAUGAUGCAAUGGUGAAUGCUUUGGAAGAACUUCAAAGUGUUGCUCAAACACACAACAAGCUUCUUGCUUUGAAGCUUACCUCUGUAUAUAGAUUGGGGUUCAAAAUGCUUUACAUUAAGGAGUUACUUGCCUCUCUUCCGGAACUAGAAAAGGUUGUCAUUUUUCGUCCCAUUGAUAGUAUUGACUCAUUUGACUGCCCGGAGAAAUAUGAGUUUAGGCAACAAGUCUUGAAUCUCCCUCGUGCUUCCGCCAAAGCAAAGAUUGUGUUUGUGUAGUGACUUUCAGUCGAAGUUUAUUGUAAUUUUAGGGCAAUGUUUUUAUUGGUGCAUCCUGUGAUAUGUUCGUAUGUCAUACUGGAAGGCAAUUUAUUAUGCAGUAAUGCAGUAUAACGUGAUUACAAAAACGAAUUGAGCGUUAGUGUCAGAUGGAAAUAGAAAUACUUUGCACUAUCUUUCCCCGAUGUGUCUUUUCUCAAUGUAGUAGUAAUAUUUUAACUACAUUACUCGAUGGAAAUAUCACUCAUAUGUUUGCAUAUAUACUUCUAUCUUUACCG